UCCUGAGCGGAGAGGCACGGCACGUCUACACUGUGGAUCUGAUGCAGUUUCGUCCUUCCGAGUCAUCGUUUCGCAAGGAAUCAGAUCUAGGUUUAUUCUCGUCUUGCCUUCCUCUUGAUAAGGUCUUUGUCUGAGAGAAAUGGCCCAGACGUCCCCUUUGGAUCCAAAUCUUGCAGCAGCAAAGGUCCCUUACUCGCUGGAGACACCCUACGGCUUCCUCUUGGACCUGGACUUCGUGAAGUAUGUGGAGGAAAUUGAGAGUGGAGUAACCCUCCGGAAGGCCAAAACAGUCAGGGGGGUCAAAGGUCAAGGUCGCACCGGCUGGACAUCAACGGAGUCCCUUUGGGGCGAAACAGGGGAGACCCCAUUGACCGCUCCCCACUCCUUGCCGCCCCAAAGGAGAGCAGUGGAGACCAGGAAGAGGCCGGAGGAAGCUCUGGUCAGUGUCCGGUCGGCCUUUGGCCAAGCGGUGCCUACUCUGGCCACAGCAGCAGCGAUUAGCUCUCUACACUUGCAUUGGGAUGCAAAUCCAGACCACACUGAAGGGCCUUGGAGCCAAAUGGUCAGCUUGAAGAAACUAACCCCUCCGGAGAGAGUGAGGAGGUCCAGCAAUGGACAUGAGGUGGACACGAGCCAUGCUGAUGACCGGGGUCAACGCUCGAGCCCAAAGGUCACUCUGGAGACCCACGAAGCAGAGGUCUGGGUCACAGAGGUCAUGCUGGGCCUCUCGUCCGAAGCCGAAAGAGAGCGGUGUCUCCUCCAGGACACCAUCCAGCACCAGAAGGCAGUCAUUGCCCUGCUGGAGGGUCAUCUUCGAGACACGGCUGAUGAACUGGAGGAGCUGCGAGUGGCUGUGAGUAGCUGGAAAGACCGGGCAGAGGUCACAACCUGGCCAGAGAAGGAUGAGGCGGCCGUCCAAGUGGACCUCAGGCCAGAAACGGCCCACAAAGGCAUCCAGCACUCCCCAGAGGUGGCCUCCGUUGGAGUCGAAUGCCUGCUCACUGACCUAGCCGAAGGUGACUCCAAGGACGGGGAACCCCAAAGGUCAUCUAAACUGGUCAAGCGGGAUCCUGAACCAGGUCGGUUUUUAUGGAAUGAAGAGGAGCAGCCGAACAAGAGAACAGUAGCCUUGAAGUCAAUCAUGAAAAGGCAAGGACUUCCAACGAAGGCUGAGCGGAAGACCCUGCAGUUUGUGGGGUUCCUGAAUGGCGAGUAUGAGAGCACCUCCUCCAGUGAGGAAGAGGGAGAUGAAGGAGAGACAGAAGAAGAGAAAGAAGAGGAGAAUGAAGAAGGAGUGAAAGAAGAGGAAGAAGAGAAGGAAGAAGAGGAGGAAGAGGGAGAGAAAAAAGAAGAAAAAGAAGAGGAGGAGGAAGAAGAAGAGGGCACAGUGGAGGCACAGUGGUUCGGGGCCUCCAGCCAGAAGGGCUCCUCGGCGGAGGAAGUGUCCAGCUUCUUGAGCUCUGUCUCGCCAGACGCCAGAAUCCGGCUCCUUGACCUCACGGAUGCCAAUGGCAACACUGCUCUGCACUACAGCCUCUCCUAUGGGAACUUCGACAUCGCCCGRCUGCUACUGGACGCAGGGCUUUGCAAGGUGGACCRGCCAAACAAGGCCGGCUAUACGGCGCUGAUGCUGGCCACCUUGGCGCCCGCCCAGACGGAGGCAGAGAUGGACGUCGUCCGGAGGGUCUUCCGCCUUGGAAACGUCAAUGCCAGGGCUGGCCAGGCGGGCCCAACGGCGCUGAUGCUGGCGGUCAGUCACAAGAGGGAAGCCAUGGCUGAAGCCCUCUUGGCCGCAGGAGCUGACCCCCACCUGCUACACGAGGAGAGCGAUGCCCCCCAGGUGACCGCCUGUCAAUCACACGACCAGAUCCCCACUGACCAAUCUCUGCUGGACGUUCCAGAUGGCCUCCAGGACCACGACAAGAAUGGGAAGAAGCCUUGCAGCGAGUGAGGAGGCACGACUUUAGGGCCUCCAACCAGGAAGCAAUUAUUCAUACCAUGAACAUUUCCAGCCAACCUUUUGUAUAUUUUAACACACGGUUGAAUCGAUCACUACCUGGUUGUUGGUAUUGAUCUAUCCAUUGAUCCUAUUCUAUUCCUAUCUAUACACAUAAUAAAAGUGAAAAUAUGUA